AUGGAGCUCGCCGAGAAGCGACUGGCCCUUCUCAUGGCCCAGGGCUCACCAGCGCAAGCCGCGUCUCAAGUCAACGGCGCGUCGGCGUUGGGCGAUGUGGAGGUCGAAUCCGGUAGCGUCGAGGACAACAUACAAGGUGGCGAGCCCGGUGAAGCCACGAUGCAAGAAAACCAGGAUACCGAGCACGUUACAGAAGUUCCGCAGAGUAUGCGCGACCCUAGCGUAGUCGAGGAGGAUGCUAACUCUCUGCCGCCUGUUACCACCAUCCACCAUGAAGCGAUGCAGCUGCUCGACAACGCUGCAGACGGCGGGGAGACGGACGAGAACGACGACGACGCGCGCAGCGCCGCCGCGCCGGAUGAAAACGACGAGGUGGAAGGUAUGGUGCGGGACGACGACGCCGACGCCGACGCCGACAUAACCCCGGUGACGGUGAAAGUCGAAGCCGACAAAGUGGACUCCAGCUCAGCGCCGACGAACGGGGAAGACGAAGAUUCCAUGCCCAUCGGACCAUUCGUCGAGCGCGUACUGCGUUGGGCCGGUAUCGUAUGGUCCGACGCUGAGGUUAGGCCGGGUGUGGACUUCAACGCGGCGGUGGACCUGGCGACGGAGAUGAUGGAAUUCGAGAUUGUCAGCGUCCGCGGCGUUCAGGUCGCGCGCCGCGCGCCUCUCGACAUUAGGUCCGCCAAGCAAUGGGCCUCGAAGCAGCGGAUGGCGCCAAAAAUUUACGCGACGGUCCCAGAGCCGAACUACACACAGCUUGUCGCCCAGACCUGGCGCCACAUCCGUGAGCAGCCCUACGAGGACGUCAUCAAGAUGCACGGUCGGUAUGGGCUGAUCGGAGUCGUGCGUGCUAUCUACCAGGCCAACGCCGUCGAUCCGAAGAAGAGCGAGGACUUCCGCGUCGUCAUGCUCGACGCAGCAGAUGCCUUGCGGGUUAUGCGCACAACCAUCGCGUCUGCGCGCGACGCUCAGCCGGCGUCGCCCGCAGCGCCGACCGCAACGGCAUCGAGUACGCUGCUCCAAGUGCUGACGGAGCGCAACGCCGAGCAGGCGGCACAGGUUACGGAGGUCCUUGACCGCCUGAGCAACGGCGAUAUCAUCGAGAUCGAGAGCGAUGACGAGGAACCAGCGCACGCUUUCAAGAAGAGCGGUAGCGGCAGUGGAGGCGGCAAGGCGAGGCAGGUUCCUGCGAAGCGCAAGUCGACGAGUACACCGGGACCUUCGCCGAAGCCGAAGAAGCAUAGGCUGUAA